AUGCUCAUAUCGAAAAGAUACUCGGAAUGCAUCCACUUCCUGUACUCGCACAAUACGUUCGCCUUUGACGACCCAGCUUGGUUUUACGCCUGGACAAGGUUCCUAAUUCCUCGUAGAGUCCGCCUCAUUACGUCAAUCCACCUUACGCCCGUCUUCGCACGCGAAUGGAGUGAUACUGGGAAGGGACGGUUGUUCAUCCGAAAACAGCCCGACCCAACCGAUGCAAUUCACUACCACCAGUACCUAGAAUCCGCAUUUACUAUUCUCGAGACAAAAUACUUUCUAUCGAUCACGCCGAAACUCAGGUUAGACUUCACAACCAGAUGCGACCUCAUCGUUGGCAAUUUCGUUCCCAAAUUCGUCUACGAGCUGAACCGUUUGCAGACAGCUACGAUCACCCUCGCUUGGCCUGAGGAUCCAGCGACAUACGCACCCGCGGCCGUGGCCCAUACCAGCUACUGGGGGCGAGAAGCGACACUGCCCUCUGAGGAAGACCGUAAGUUCGAACUCAAGGAGAUACCAUGGCAGUCGCCCACUGUACUGAUGGCGUUCUUCAUUCCGUUUGACGUCCAGUGUGUGCACUGCGCAGACUACACCAUCAUUCGCCGCGCAACAAGAGCUUGCGCUGAAGUAUCCUUUCUUCCACUUUCGCUAUCUACUAUGCCGCCUGAAAAUCCCACGCUACCCGACUUCCUCAUGCGAUACUGGACACAUCACGUGUUCUGUGGUGGAUGGAUCGAAUUCCAAUACCACGGCGAGCGAAAGGAGUGGAGCGUGACGCAAGGCGCACAGAGGAUUCCAGAAGAGGACGCGGAUAGACAUCUUGCCUCAAAGGAUGGUCUUGAGAGGCAUUACCCAGUAUUGGGAAACCCGCAUGAGAGGCUGAAGGGUAUCACUGCCUCGUACGUUGUGGGGGGUUUGGCGCCGGGCCGAUGGUCGGUGACUCAUUGGCAUGGGAUAGGGAUGAUGAUUGAUGAGCCGACGAGGGGGGCGUAUUAUCGGAACGUUGGGUGGACGAGGGACUAG